CUACGUACUCUGUGCCUGGUAGCUAGCUACAUAUAUACUAAUCUGUGGUGCCUGGUAAAAUAAUCAAACUGAUAUUAUGUAUGUUUUCAGUUGUGGUUAUUUGAGUUCUCGUAGUUAUUUAGGUUUAUUGAAUGAAAUAACUAAAUAAUUUUGCAAUGCUACCAUCAACGGGCUAUUUCAAAGGAAUAAAUUGUCCUUUUUAUGACAGCGGUUUGUGUGAACGUCCCUAUUGCCAUUUUCGUCAUGUUAAAAAAGAACCACAAAACAUUGGCAAUGAUGGCAUGGAAAAUGGAGCUAUUCUGCAAAAACUAGUAUCAGCCGCAGUACAAAAAGUUCUACAGCAAACAGAGACUGGCACAACCUCUUCGACGCUAGUUAAUGCAGACAUUGAUAUAAAUAGUUUACAACCUCAGUCAUCUAAACCUACAUACAACCCCACGCCGAUCGCCGAGCUUAACAAAAUAAAUAGUACAGAAUCUGAUGUAGAAGAAAGCAAUGAACAAAAGAAGAGACAUAUACCAGUGCCAUACACACCGAGGAAGCCGGCCAGUUUGCCAACUAAAAGACCUGUAGACACUAAUGGUUCGAAACUUUUCACAUAUUUACCACCUGUGAAAUAUACUCCGGGUUCAGAAAAUGUACAAUUAGAUCCAUAUACUCCAAAAGGUUCCACAGAUUCAAAGGAAAAAUAUUUACCGGGUUUGGAAACCGAAAUACCAGAAUACACUGUUAGUGAGACACAGAACUCUAAAGUGAAUUACAUUCCUUCAGAUAGAAAUGUUAAUAGGAAAAAAAUUUUAGAGUAUAAACCAGCACAGGUUAAAAGUAAAUUACCUUCCGUUACUUACCAACCAACACCAAAAUCAUUGGUUCCUUGUUUUUCAAGCGAUGAAGAUGAACCAAACACUAAAAAAAGAAAAGUAUCAAAUGAUCUUAAUGGGUUGGAUGACUUAGGUCCAGAGUUUGAUAUAUUAGAUCAAAUACUUGAUGAAGAAAAAAUAGAAAAAGACAUAAAAAAUGUUUCUCCAAAAGAUUCUAAAGGGUAUAAGGAAAAUAAGAAUAAAUUGGACAAUGCAAGUACAGAUAAAUCACUUAAAACUGAAACAAGAAAGCUAGAUAAAAAAAAAUCAGAUAGCAAAUCAGACAAAAAAUCUCGGGAGAAGUCCAAUGAAAAAUCAAGUGACAAGAGUAGUUUAAAAGACAAAAAGAAGAGUUCAGACAAAAAAACUAGCCACAAAAGUUCAAGUAGAGAUAAGAGUAGGUCAGAGAAAAGAGAAAAAUCUGUUAGUAAAUCUCAUUCAAGAGAAAAAAGUCGAGAUAAAAGGUCUAAACAUUCUAGUAGUAGUUCUUCAAAGCAUUCAAAAGAUGACAGUCAUAGUAAUGACAGUAGAAGACACAGCAAGAGUCACAAAUCACAUAAUCAUCACAAAGAGUCAAAAGAUAAAAGAGAAAAACAUAAAAAACAUGAUAAAUCUGUCAAGAAGGCUAAUUCUGACAAUGAAGACAAUCAUAUCUAUGAGGAAAACAUUGAAGAUGAAUUAAAUGAUAUGUCUGAAUCAGACGAAGAAACAAUAGCCCAAGAAUGUAAAAGAAUUUUUGAAGAGUAUGUUCCAGCUAAAAAAAUUAACAAGGAGCCUGAGAAGCCAGAAAGUGAACCAGAUCAUGAAGAGUAUGUGGUGACUAGUAAAAAAAGAGUAUCAAGAACAAUUGAAAAGAACAUUAAAAUAAUACCUAAAACCCCAGUAAAACCUGACUUUAAAGGAAAUGCAGCACAAGCUAUGGCAGAAAGAUUAGCGAAAGUCAGAGAAUUUCAUGCUGCAAAAAAUUCAACUGAAAGUGUUAUUCCUACAAAUUUGAUUCCAAAAUUAGACUCAAUAAAAACUAAUUCUAAAAUUCGAAUUGCACAUGUUCCAUAUGCAUCAACAUUGUUGUCUGCAAAAAAAGUUAUUCCUCCAAGUGUAAGUUCUACUAAGCAACCAGAUGCAUCUACCAGUACAUCCAUACAAACCGUUAAAAAGGGAACUCAAAGAGUAGCACAUGUACCAAAUGAAAAAUUUAUAGACAGACCUGGUGUGCUUGAACCACUUGGUUCAAAAAUACCAGCAAAUAUAAGAUCAACAUAUUUAAAUAUAAUGAUUGAUAAUACUUUAAAAAUAUACAUCUCAGCUACAGACGCUUAUGCCAGAGCUCAACAUGAAGAAUUAACCACAAGCAAGAAAUGUUCUACUGUGCAAAUUUAUAAAAAUUCAGCAGUACUAGCUAUAAGUAGGCUAAAGAAAGAGAUACAAGAAUGCAACGGUGUAAAGAAAUCUAGCAUAGAUUGUCAAACAUUACAUAAAGGUGGACAACAGGGUACAGUUAAUAAAUCAAGUACUGGAUCGUGGAGUAUUGAAAGCAAAAACAGAAGCAGUUUGGUAGAUGCAAAACAGUUAACAGGGUCAAAUUUAUAUAAUAAUAUUAAAAAGUGGAUCUUAACCGAGGAGCAACUUAAGCAAAAUGGAUUUCCUAGACCACAUGCUAGUGGAGAAAAAGGAAGAGCUAUAAUAUAUGGGCAGAAUAGACAAAAUCCACCAAAAGGUUUUGUAAGAACAUGUUGCAGGUGUAAAAAAGAUUACACAGUAGAUAAAAAAGGAUUUGCAGCUAUAAAAGAAGAGUGUAUUUACCAUCCUAACAAUAAGUAUAAGGUUAGGGGCGAGGUCCGCUACCAAUGCUGCAGUCAGGAUGGUACAUCUGAUGGUUGUUGUAUAGCUUCAAGCCAUGUAUAUGAAUAUGUAGAUUUUGAAAAUUUAAAAGGUUAUGUAAAAACCCUACCCCCUGAAACUGUAUUGGAGGAUUACGGUGUAUAUUCCUUAGACUGUGAAAUGUGUUACACAACACAGGGACUAGACUUGACUAGAGUAACAGUGAUUAAUUCUGCAUGUAAAGUAGUAUAUGAGACUUUAAUUAAACCUCUUCAUCCAAUUAUCGACUACAAUACGAGGUACUCCGGUAUAACUGAAGAACAAAUGUCACAAGUGAACACUACACUGUUAGAAGUACAAGCAACUUUACUUGCUAUGUUCUCUAGCCAAACUAUUUUAAUCGGUCAUAGUUUAGAAUCUGAUUUCAAAGCACUCAAACUUAUCCAUGAUACAGUUAUUGAUACAAGUGUAUUAUUUCCACAUAAAAUGGGUCCACCAUACAAGAGAGCGUUAAGGAAUCUAUCAUCAGAAUACUUGAAAAAAAUUAUUCAGAAUUCUGUUGAUGGUCACGACAGUGCUGAAGAUGCGACUGUAUGUAUGGAACUUAUUCUGUAUAAAUUAAAAGAAGAUCUUAAGACUAGAUGAUAUUAAUUCUUGAAUAGUAAAUAAUAUACAUAUUUACAUAGUUUGAUUUGAUCAAUUGUGAUAUUUAAAUUGUUUUGACUAAAUGGUUUCCAAUCAAUGUAUCAUGUCAUCUGUAAAUACUAAUGUGUUUUGUACCAAAGGCAUAUAUUGCCUUUUUUGUAUUGUAAUUCAGUUUGAUAAGGGUUGGUUUAUAUGUUAUAUCAAUGUUUAUUUGAUUUGAUAGCAAUAAAUUGUUUUAAUUUGGGAUAAAUGUGUAAAAGCUAAUUAUAAAAUAUUUUCUAAUA